AAAAAAACCAUAAAGCCCUGAAGAAUGGGCCAUAGUUAUUUAAUUUUCAAUUAAAAGAACCCUGUUAGCUAUAAUUCCUGUACUUUUGGUUAAAAACAACUCAUACAAAUUGAGAGAAGUGUAAUCAGUUUUUAUUGUUUAGAAAAGUAGUGGGCUAAAACAGAGACUAUUGAAGAAGACAAACUAAUAAUAAACUAAAUAUAAUUAAAUAGAUCCUACAAGAGCAGAAAAGAAGCAGUUAAAAGAAAUAUCCCAAUUACACAUAUAAGGAUUGACCACAUAUAAGAAACAUCGGGAUUUCAACGCUCACUCGCCAGAAGUAGUAGAGAAAGCAACAACAACACACAUCAAAAUGGGCACAAGGGAAGAUGAGUACGACUAUUUGUUCAAAGUUGUUUUAAUUGGCGACUCUGGUGUCGGCAAAAGUAAUCUACUUUCACGUUUCACGCGCAAUGAAUUCAAUUUGGAAUCGAAAUCAACGAUUGGUGUUGAGUUUGCCACACGUAGCAUAGAGGUUGAUGGUAAAACAAUUAAAGCUCAGAUAUGGGACACAGCUGGCCAAGAGCGUUAUCGUGCUAUUACAUCGGCCUAUUAUCGUGGAGCUGUUGGUGCUUUGCUUGUCUAUGACAUUGCAAAACAUUUAACAUAUGAAAAUGUCGAAAGAUGGUUGCGGGAGUUGCGUGAUCAUGCUGAUCAGAACAUUGUCAUUAUGCUGGUGGGUAAUAAGUCUGAUCUGAGGCAUUUGCGGUCAGUACCAACCGAUGAGGCUAAACUUUUUGCCGAACGCAAUGGAUUAAGUUUCAUUGAAACUUCAGCGCUAGAUUCUACUAAUGUUGAAACUGCAUUCCAGAAUAUACUCACAGAAAUUUACCGUAUUGUUUCGCAAAAACAAAUACGUGAUCCACCGGAAGGUGAUGUCAUUCGUCCUGGCAAUGACGUACCCAUUGAUAUUAAGCCAACUGUUACUAAUGAUGUACGCAAACAAUGCUGUCAGUGACCGCCUUAUAGCUGCCCCAAAUCCUACAACCACUAUUACACCUUUAUUCAACAACACGCUGAAAGCUCAUGUUAUAAUUUUUUUUUUUAUUUAAAAAAUUUAUUCUCCCAUUUCUUUUCUAUAAGAAGCGUUGAUUAAUUAGUGAAAAACAAACAAAACAACCCCAGCAGUAUACAAAGAACUAUGUAAUUGGAAACAUUAGGCAGAACGCAAAAAUAUAUUUCCAUAAUGUUUGCUUUCAUUUUCCUUUGAAAACAACAUCCAUUAACAAUAAACAUCAUGCUAAAAAGAGUAUUUUUUAAUUUACAACAAAACAAAAAAAGAGUUUGAGUUAUUCGAUUGAUACAAAUUGUCCAUACUUUGCAACACAGCACACAUCCUUAUGCUCCUAUCACAAACAAAAACUCAAACACUCAGCAGAAUUCUCUCUCAAAAAAACACAAAAAAGAAACUGAAACUAUUCAAAUCAAAAUAUAUGGAAAAAAAAAUAACAUUUUAACAAAAUAAUUCAUGUGUUGUUUGCUAGACAAAAAGCUAAUACCAGAUCGAUCCUAAAUAACCUAUAAACAACCAAAAUAGCAUCCAGAAAGCGACACUUGUUUCGUAAUUUAGUUAGAUUUCGUUCUUAGUUCGUUCGUUCCCCCGUCUCUCCCCCAGCUGUUAUUUCUUUUGAUUUGCAUUCGAAAUUUAUUUUUGAAAAAGACUUUUUUUAGUUUGCCUCUUAAUAUUUUUUACAUGAAAAAUUUAAUAUUUUUACAUUUUAAAUUUAUAAAAUAAAGAAAGGAAAAACAAAACAAACAAGAAAAAUUUAAAAGCAAAAAAUAUAUAAUAUUAAUUAAAGUAAAGUAUAUAUAUAUAUAUUUGCGCGUAAUUUAAAGAAAAACAACAACAAAUAAAAUUUAAAUAUAAUUUCAAAUGAAAUAAAAAGAUUUGAAAAAAAUA